CAGGACCUCAACCAGCAGAACCAGCAAAACGCGCACUACACAGCGCUGCGCGCGCGCGCGAGCGCCGCGGGCGACGCCAUGGCGCGCGCGUUCGAGCAGAGCCACGACGCGUACGCGCGCGGCGACGGCGCGGCUGCCAAGGCGCUCUCCAACGAGGGCAAGGAGCGCCAGCGCGAGAUGGAGCGCCUGAACGCAGAGGCGAGCGCGUGGAUCUUCCGCGGUGCGCGUGGUGCUCUUUUUCUCAAGCCCGGCGAGGUCGACCUGCAUGGGCUCUUCGUCAAAGAGGCGAUCGCGUACACCGACCAGAGCAUCCAGGAGGCGCGCGCGCGCGGCGACACGCAGCUGCACCUCAUCGUCGGUAAGGGCCUGCAUUCGCCGCACGGCGCCGCGAAGCUGAAGCCCGCGAUCGCGGACCUGAUGCAGAAGCACGACCUCGUCGCGGCGCUCGACCCGCACAACGCGGGCGUCCUCGUCGUGCAGCUG